CUCACCUUUAUUAUACUCUACUCUGAUAAGAGAGUCGCAAACAGACAGUAGGCCAAAUCUCAGUGUCUCUCUCUUUCCCUCCUUUGGAAGGCCGUUUGGGAUCCAUCACACUGAUCUGGAACAUUAGCUACCAGCUAAAUACAUACUGGACGACUUGUUCUGUUAUACAACCUGAGUAAGAACAGCCUGACAGGAAUACUGGGAUGAGAAAAGGAAUAAUCUAAAAGGUACACAUGAUUCACUGGGCCAAGGAAAACAUCAGCACAGGACAGGAACCAGGACUUUGGAGGCCUGUGACCGAGUGGAGGAAUAGCGGCGUCACACAGAAUGAGAACACAUUGAUUUACCUGAACUAGACAAUCAGGAAGACACAGAGAGGACUUAAGUGAUUGUGCUGAAAAAGUGGGUGAUUUUGGAACAGAGUGGUGAACUGAAGAGGAAGGUUGUGCAGCAGUCUGUUCUGGUUCCUUUGUUCAUAUAAAUCAGACUUUUGUUUUGGGCCUAGUGUGGCCUCCUGAAGCAGUGACCAGAACCAUGAAGCUGUCAGGGACCGUGCUGGAUCUGGACUCCGCAGACUACAGCACCACCCUUGACCCCUCCUACACCAUGCUGGAGUUUGACAACCUCAGGGUGUUUCCUGUAGAGACAGGUAUGUCUGGUAUAAUGACACCUUUACCUGUCUGUCCUUCACUCAUAGACUGGUGCACAACAAUACCAAAACACUGGUCUGACAUUUGAGGGAUGGUUUUUGUAUGAUAUUCAAAGGACAUUCAAAUAUUGAAUAUCCAUUCAUUUUUAUAGGUUCAAAUUAAUCAGUAGAUCUUGGUAGCUUUUUAAAACGUGUUUUUCCAUUCAGAUGGAAAGAAGGCCAGGCUUACAUAAAGAGACCCAGUGCCCUUGGAAGAACAUGGUUUUAAAAAGUACUCUCAGGGCUUUAAAAUGUAGCUCUCAUACACAUAGGAAUUUGUAGGACCAUUUUCUCAUGGCAUGGAUACAAUGACAUCAGCUCUCAUUCCACAAAAUGCUGCGAAUACAACGGUCAUUACUCCCAGCAAUACUGGGAGGGUUCUAAAGACCUCCCUCUCCCUCCUCCACUGUUUUCCCUUAUAAUCUAAUUUGAACUCAUCAUUAUCAUCAUUGAGUCUGUUCUGCUGAAUCAGGUCCUUUCUUUAGCACUUUUAAGGAGAUGCUUUACCAGCAGACUGCUCUCCAAGGCAGAUAGCUGUGUGGCAGAUGUAUUCUAAUCUCUUAAUUCAAUCGAACUGAUCUUUGACCACAGAAAGCAUUCUCCAUGUUAAAUUGUUAUCCCUGGCUGCUCAGUCUCCCAACUCUAAGUGUGCAAUUUAAAUACAUUACAGCCUGGGGGCAUUGUCCCUGCGACCGCACAAACACUACACCAACAGAGUAUAUUUGACGGUCAGUGGUUUUAAGAGAGACAAUCCUGCAGCGAUCGAACACUGACAGGACACAAUUUAGAGCAACAUUGAGGGAGAUUGAAUUAAAACGGAGCUCCCAGUGUAAAAUUAGCCAGUGGACUUUGGCUUUGCCACUGACCUGAAUCUGCUUUAAUUAAAUGGGGAGUUUCCUCUUCCUCUGAGUAAUAAGCAGCAGUGGUUCUCUGAGGGCCUGUGAGUCUGGCAGCCACAUACAGCAGUGAUAUCUCUACCUAAAACCCUGCUUUUAUUACCCCCUCCAAACCUCAUCAGACCUGGGGAACAACACAACACUGCCAUUGUUCUUACAGCCCUAUAAACUCACAAUCAACACAUUUCUGCCUUGGAAAGUUGUGUGUUUUUCUGUGCAGUACAAGAUUAUUUCCCUUCACAGAGGUGGAAUGAACAGGGAUUCAUUAAUCGCGUUAGCUGAUGAUGGCGUUGAUUAAUUAUUCGCUCUGUAAACGUGCUUAUCUGCUGUCACACAGCGUUGACAAUCUCUCAGCUGAGUGAUCCGCUCUCUGCAGACGCUCGUGGGGAUUAUUAGCUGUUUACUUAUUCAUCAACAAUGGGGGCCCCUCUGUAAAAGUAGAAUAGUGUCCUACAAGAACACUAUUCCUGUGGUGAGUGAUUUAGAAGGAGUCAGGCGCAGGAGGGUAAAUCACAGAAUAAAAGGUUUAUUCUGUAAACACAGCGGUACGCAGCAAUGAGCCAAACACUCCAGCGCAGAAAUACGGCGCACUGGAAAAACAACAAGGCACACAAGUGAAUAUCCCGGCGAUAUAAAAUACAAAGCGCUCCACCAAGCUAACCUAACCUCCACAAUAAACAAUCACACACAAAGACAAGGGGGCAGAGGGAACACUUAUACAGGUACUGAUGAGGGGAUAUGAACCAGGUGUGUGUAAUAAACAAGACAAAACAAAUGGAAUGAUGAGAUGAGGAGCGGCAGCGGCUAGAAGGCCGGUGAUGACGAACACCGAAGCCUGCCCUAACAAGGAGAGGAGGCAGCUUCGGAGGAAGUCGUGACAAUUCCAUUGUGCAUCACAAAAGCUUCCUAAUGUUAGCCUGAGGUCAUCAGUAAUAGACAUCCUCGCAUGUCUGUCCCCAAGUGUCAAGAGUCAAUUCAACACAUACAGUAGCUACACAUCAGACCUCCAGUGUGCUGUAGUGUAUGAAUCUCAAUAAUGUUCUUAUGAUUGAUUGACAGAGUUGAUGAUGCUGGAGCCUGCCCCUCUGCUGCUGCAGACCAAUGGGAGUGUGUGUUCCAUAUGUGCAGACAGGGCCACAGGUAAACACUAUGGUGCGUCCAGCUGCGACGGCUGCAAGGGCUUCUUCAGGAGGAGCGUCAGGAAGAACCACGCCUACACCUGCAGGUGACACUCAUCACCACACAGGUCACUGAAAAAGAGGACUACAUCUCAAAUGACACCCUAUUCCCAAUAUAGUGCACUAUUUUUGAUCUGAUCCAACAUGGUCUCAGAGCAUUUCGUAUUAUUCUGUAUGUACUCCAUUUAGUAUUAUAUGUUACGUUUUGUGUGGUAUGUAUUCAUUUGUGGAUGUCCAUCACCCAUUAAGUAUGAUAUGUUAUGAAUUACAAUUCAUAUUAUAUGUUACGAAUUUGCAAAACAUAUGAGAUGUUACGUUAGCUAGGCUAGGGGUUAGGGUUAAGUUUAGGACUAGGUUAAAGGGCUAGGGUUAGGGGAAGGGUUAGCUAAAUGGGUUAUGGUUAGGGGAAGUGUUAGCUAAAAGGGUUAAGGUUAGAGGAAGGGUUAGCUAACAUGCUAAGUAGUUACAACGUAGCUAAAAAGUAGUAAGUAGGUGAAAAGUUGCUAAUUAGCUAAAAUGAUAAAGCUGUCCGUGAUGAGAUUUGAACUCGCAACCUAUGGGUUGCUAGUCGUUCAUGUUAUAUGCCCACCCAACCACCCUACUUUAAGUCACCAUCUGUCUUAUGUAACCAUACCAAACGUAACAUACUAUAUUAUACUAAUUUGAGUUUACAUUUACUAUGUUAUGUCUAGUCUAUGAGACCAGGCUGGAUCCCCAUAUAGUGCGCUACUUUUGACCUGAGACACAAAAAUAAGGCGCUAAAUGGGAAAUAGAGUGUCAUUUGAGAUACAACCAAGGUUCUGUUAGAACUGCAGAUCAUUGGAAUGAUUAUUAGGCGCCUCCGACCCACAUUACAAUACAGAGACGCAUUUACUGCCAAUGACUAGGGCAGCUGGUAAAAAAGUGUUGCUGCAAUUCUGGUAAAGUAAUUUUCUAUGAAAGGUGGCUACAUGUCUAGAACUAAGUGUUAGGAGCCUGUCUGAACAUGUGUAUGCCCACACACAGAAAUUGUACAGCACUGAUCUGACGCCAUCACAAUUACAGAAGCCCAUAGUGUGAGACUUGUGUCUGAUUGUGUGUUACAUAAUCUUACAACUCUUGUCUUGUAUUGAAGUGUAUCUAAUUGUGUGUGUGUGUGUGUGUGUGUGUGUGUGUGUGUGUGUGUGUGUGUGUGUGUGUGUGUGUGUGUGUGUGUGUGUGUGUGUGUGUGUGUGUGUGUGUGUGUGUGUGUGUGUGUGUGUGUGCGUGCGUGCGUGCGUGCGUGCGUGCGUGUGUGUGUGUGUGUGGGUCGGCAGGUUCAGCAGGCAAUGUGUUGUGGACAAAGACAAGAGGAACCAAUGCCGUUACUGCAGGCUUCGGAAAUGUUUCCGAGCAGGCAUGAGAAAGGAAGGUGAGAGAGAUGGUUUGUUGUUUAAUCAUGACACAGAUGUUACAUACUGUAUGGUACCACACUACAUAAUAAUUACACAACUCAUUGCCACAUUAUUCAUUCAAAAUAAAUUUUUAAAGCCUGCCAGUACACACACGCACACACACACAAAACAUUUUGUUUUUAAAGCCAUAAGCAUAUAUGCAAGUUGACAAAUCACAAUAUUUACCCACAUUGCAUAACCAUGGCCAUAGCCAAGAGGGGCAUUGGGGUUGGCAGGCACGUCAGGUGGUGGUGGGUAGUGGGGGCUGAGGCAGGGGUACUGAGUGGGGUAUAGUCUACACUCCUAGAAAAAAGGGUGCUAUCUCAAAUCAAAUUUUAUUUGUCACAUGCUUCAUAAGCAACAGAAUAAUAGAAAGAUAAUAACACGAGUAAUAAAUAAACAAUGAGUAAGGAUAACUUGGCUAUAUACACAGUUACCAGUACCAAGUCCAUGUGCAGUGUUAUCUAGAAGCUAAAAGGGUUCAUUGGCUAUUCCCAUAGGAGAACCCUUUGAAGAACACUUUUUGGUUCCUGGUAGAACCCUCUACAUGGAACCCAAAAGGGUUCUACCUGGAACCAAAAAGGGUUCUCCUAUGGGGACAGCUGAAGAACCCUUUCGGAACCCUUUUUUCCCAGAGUGUAUGCACCACUCACUGUGGGGGAAAAGCAACAAGAUCAACAUGCCUCUCUCUUGAGCAAUACUGAGUGAGUGGCUGUUUGCAGUGCCCUGUAGACCUUAUCUUCCACUGGCUGCCGCAGAUAACCAGGAGAGAGAGACGGGAUUAGAGGAUCCAUGAAUGGCCCCUCACAUGAAUAAUUAACAUGGCUGAGCAUGGGCAAAUAUUUGCUCUGGCUUUUUCAAGAGAGACAUGCUUCUCUCUGCUGAGCCCUCGGUCCAGGAGAAUGUUACAUAAGAGAGAAACUGAAGCUGAGCUGAGCCCCCUUAGUGAUGGUCAUGGAGAAGGAUUCAAACAUUUGCCAUAUUAAUUUUGCAGACCACUCAAAUAGCAUUUAGUAAAAAGCAAAGCUAUGCCACAAAAUAUCAGAACAUGCCAUUUUGAAAUGGUGUAUAAGCCUUUGGUUUAAUGUGUUUCAAUUGUACAUUAAUCCGGACAACAAAUUCUAACAAACCGUUUUUGCCAACGAUCAUUAAUUGUACUCCUCCUAUUCUCCUUGCUGAAUGUCUACAGCCACAUCCAAUCUAUCACUUCACUUAUGCUCCAUGGAGGACUAAUUUGUAACAUCAUCACCCACGGCCAUGUCUCCAAGGCAGAGGUCUCUCUCUCUCUCUCUGUCUCUGCAGCUCCAGUUUGAUUAAUAGGGUCCUGAUUGGCUGCUGAGAGGUCAGCUGUGGUGACUGACUGCUCUCAGACUGGGGCUUGUUGUCUGACUUUGUGGGGCAGACUGGAAUCAGGCUGAGGUCAUCCAUUGUAAUGACACAGGCACAGAGGUCACCAUGAGACAGUCUCCUCUGUCGGACACAAUCCCAACCAUCAGGCCCUGUACUGUCAGCCUCCCGUCAUGCCUUCCUUUGCAUAAUUACAUAGUCAGGUUUAAUAUGUUGGCAGAAUCAGAAUCAAAAUUAGAGAUGUUACUUUUCAUACAAUGGGGGAAACAUUCCAAAAUUGAAUUUGCUCUGAAAUAGUCUCAAUACAGAUGAGUGUCAAAAUUAAAUGUAUAACCAAGAUUUUACUGAGUUACAGUUCAUAUAAGGAAGUCAGUCAAUUGAAUAAAUUAGGCCCUAAUCUAUGGAUUUCACAUGACUGGGAAUACAGAUAUGCAUCUGUUGGUCACAGAUACCAAAAAAAAAAACUCACAAUGGGCCUCAGGAACACGUCACGGUAUCUCAGUGCAUUCAAAUCGCCAUUGAUCAAACGCAAUUGUGUUCGUUGUCCGUACCAUAUGCCUGUCCAUACCAUAACCCCACCGCCACUAUGGGACACUCUGUUCACAACGUUGACAUCAGCAAACCGCUCGCCCACAUGACGCCGUACACGUGGUCUGCGGUUGUGAGGCCAAAUUCUCUAAAACAACGUUGGAAGUGGCUUAUGGUAGAUAAAUUAACAUUAAAUAAUCUGGCAACAGCUCUGGUGGACAUUCCUGCAGUCAGCAUACCAAUUGCACGCUCCCUCAAAACUUGAGGCAUCUGUGGCAUUGUGUUGUGUGAUAAAACUGCACAUUUUCGAGUGGCCUUGUAUUGUCCCCAGCACAAGGUGCACCUGUGUAAUGAUCAUGCUGUUUAAUCAGCUUCUUGAUAUGCCACACCUGUCAGGUGGAUGGAUUAUCUUGGCAAAGGAGAAAUGCUCACUAACAGGGAUGUAAACAAAUUUGUGCACAACAUUUUAGAGAAAUAAGCUUUUUGUGCGUAUGGAAAAUUUCUGGGAUCUUUUAUUUCAGCUCAUGAAACAUGGGACCAACACUUUACAUGUUGCGUUUAUAUUUUUGUUCAGUGUAGGUGUAUGCUGUAAUUACAACAUUAACCCUCCACUGAGUAAAACAGUGAGCACAAGAAAUCCAGGGACUUUCCUGACCGUCUCUCCCUCCCUCCUAUUCUUUUAUUUCCAGCCGUGCAGAACGAGCGGGACCGCAUCAGCAGCCGCAGAGGAGAGGGACAGGGGCUGGGCACUCUGUCCAUCAGUGUACUGCUACAGGCAGAGGCCAGCAUGUAUCAGGUAAGAGACUGUCACUAUAAAACCUCUCCCUAUUCACAACCACAAAGUGCUCCAGAGGCUUCCAUUUCCCAUUCAGCCCAGAGUAAAGCCCCUUAUCUGUUUCUCAGAAACACAGCAGUGGCAGGGCUAGAGAUGGAGAGGAUACAGGCUGCACUUUAGACGGCCGGCCAUUAAGGUCCCCUGGAGAUUCUAGCUGCAGGCUGGAUUCAGUUACUUCUUAGAAAUUGCAAAAUUGCCCAGAGAGACUCACAUCUGAUUACAGCAGUCCUAUUUAAUUGCAGUGCCUGGGUUUGGAUUGUGUGCCAGUGUUCAAUUGGCUUCAAAUACAUAAUAACAACCAGAUAUCCUCUUUGCAUGCGAAAGGAAUGCGGCAGAAAUUAAUUGGAUGAUUGACAAAUGAACCACAAAAUGAGGCCGGGCUGUUUUCCAUUUGGAUCUAGUUUUCAUGCAAUGUCUCCUCAAUAUGAGCUGUGUGCUGAAGGGACUUUGAUCACCAUCCAACAGCAUUGUUCCAGAGACAGACCCACCAACAACACACAUCCAAAUUCUCAUCUUACACCCUUAUAUUCUCUAUUACCACCAUUCUCUGAAGUGACCUUUCCCCCACCCAAUACCCUACCUGCCUCUGCAUGCUCUGCCCUUCACGAUUGUCCAAGCAUCCAUCAUCUCACCCCUCCACCCUGCCCCAUCCAUCUCCUCCAACCCUCUCUUCAUUCUCACAUUACACUGACACCUAGGGCCAAUGUGGAACCUCUCAUUAUUGUGUGCCACUCUCAGUUUCCAGCCCUGACCUCCCCUAUGAGCUGUGACAUCAACACCAAGAAGAUAGCGCGCGUGGGGGACGUGUGUGAGUCCAUGAAGCAGCAGCUCCUCCUGCUGGUGCAGUGGGCCAAGCGCAUCCCCGAGUUCUGCAGCCUCCCCGUUGACGACAGGGUAUGGAACUAUGGAUGUUAGCCUACUUAAUGUGUCUGUCUGAACAUGUGAGCUGCACCUGUCUAAGCAGGCGGUCACAUUCAGCCCAGCUGUCUUUGUGUUGGGUUUUGGAUCACUAGCUGUUGGGAUACUCAUGUUGCAGGGAGGGCUGUCUGUGUAAUGGCUGCUGUGUGUUGUCUCUGUGCUGUGUCUGGUCUGUGUGCAGGUAUCCCUGUUACGAGCCCACUCUGCUGAACACCUCAUCCUAGGGGUGGCUCGACGCUCCCUACCUUACAAUGACAUUAUCCUUCUGGGUAAAAUAUAUAGAUGUCAGCUGCGUCUGGGAUGUGCCCUCUUCUUUGUUAUAGAAUGAAUACAUUAUUUACCCAAUGUUUGAUAUUCUCUAUCUUCGAUGCUGGUAAUGUGGACUAGCUAUACUGCUUUUACCAUAUGUCUAUAUUGAUAAAGGAAGCAGACUUACCUAAUGUAUAAGGUUAUAUUUAUGGUUUUACUUAACUUACAUUAUAAGUAAGUAUUUAAUAUGUGGAUUGGGUUUGCAGGUAAUUACUUUGUGAUCCCAGUGAGCGGUGCUGAGGUGGAGGUGUCCAGGGUGGCAGCCCGGAUCCUGGAGGAGCUGGUCAGGCCUCUGAGAGAGCUGGACAUCACUGACAGCGAGUUCGCCUGCCUCAAAACCAUAGUCUUCUUCGCUCCUGGUCAGUCAGUCCUUUGGUCGCCACCAGCCACCCCCCUUCCCCUCCUCCCCCCUCUUCACCUCUUCUUACCUCUCCUCUGUCCUCAGACAAAGGAAGAGACUUUCGCCAGGAAUCUUUUUAUUUCACAGUUGUUCUCUCCUGGGACUCUCUCUGCUCUCUCUGCCCUCUGUGCUCUGUCCUUGGCACCAUGUUGGUUUGUCCUGGCCUGGAGGUCUGGUUUCAUCGUGUUCUGGGGAAAACUAUUAAUAUCUGGGCGAGGUCCUGGUCUUGGCAUGGAGAGGUGACUGGCUGCUGGACUUUACAGCCUGUUGGCCUGAGGCGGUGAUUACAGCAGCAGAGCCAGGCCACCGGUCUGACAGACUGACUGGCCAAACUGGCACAGCAGUACAGAGCAGUACACAGCAGUACACAGCAUUACACAGCAGCACCAGGCUAAGUCUGACACAGAUGACUGACUACCUACAGAAAUAAACACACUGCACGUGUGCUCAGCUCUGUCCUCUGUGACCCUGCCCUGUUACCUUUACCCAACCUUUCUCUAAUAAUUUCAGUUUAGUUUAUCACACAUAAUGCAUUUCAAUUAGUAAAAAAGUAUAUUGUAUAAUGUCCCCACAGCAAUCCCAUCUCUCUCUAUUCUCCUAGGGCCGCAGUGUGAGGAUUUGUCUCCCUUAAUCUCCUAUUCAUUCUCUCUGUCUCAGGGCUGUGUUAUAGGAAUUGUUUGUUUCACAAUGGCUUCACUCUGUCUCUCUGUAUAAGCAUAAUGUACAUGUAUGUGUCUCUCAUGUACAGUGCAUUCGGAAAGUAUUCAGACCCCUUGACCUUUUCCAAAUUUUGUUACGUUACAGCCUUAUUCUAAAAUGGAUGAAAUCGUUUUUUCCCCCUCAUCAAUUUACACACAAUACCCCAUAAUGACAAAGCAAAAACAGGUUUUUAGAAAUGUUUGCUCAUUUAUUAAACAUUUAAAACUGAAAUAUCACAUUUACAUAAGUAUUCAGACAUUUUACUCAGUACUUUGUUGAAGCAACUUUGGCAGCGAUUAUAGCAUUGAGUCUUCUUGGGUAUGACGCUACAAGCUUGGAAAACCUGCAUUUGGGGAGUUUCUCCCAUUCUUCUCAGCAGAUGCUCUCAAGCUCUGUCAGGUUGGAUGGGGAGCAUUGCUGCUCAGCUAUUUUCAGGUCUCUCCAGAGAUGUUCGAUGGGAUUCUAGUCCGGGCUCUGGCUGGGCCACUCAAGGACAUUCAGAGACUUGUUCCGAAGCCACUCCUGCAUUGUCUUGGCUGUGUGCUUAGGGUCGUUGUCCUGUUGGAAGGUGAACCUUCACCCCAGUCUGAGGUCCUGAGCGCUCUGGAGCAGGUUCUCAACAAGGAUCUCUCUGUACUUUGCUCCGUUCAUCUUUCCCUCAAUCCUGACUAGUCUCCCAGUCCCUGCCGCUGAAAAACAUCCCCACAGCAUGAUGCUGCCACCACCAUGCUUUAUCGUAGGGAUGGUGCCAGGUUUCCUCCAGACGUGACACUUGGCAUUCAGGCCAAAGAGUUCAAUCUUGGUUUCAUUAGACCAGAGAAUCUUGUUUCUCAUGGUCUGAGAGUCUUUAGGGGCCUUUUGGCAAACUCCAAGCAGGCCUGUCAUGUGUAUUUUACUGAGGAGUGGCUUCCUGGUGGAGUGCUGCAGAGAUGGUUGUCCUCAUGGAAGGUUCUCCCAUCUCCACAGAGGAACUCUAGAGCUCUGUCAGAGUGACCAUUGGGUUCUUGGUCACCUCCCUGACCAAGGCCCUUCUCCCCCGAUUGCUCAGUUUGGCCGGGCGGCCAGCUCUAGGAAGAGUCUUGAUGGUUCCAUGCUUCUUCCAUUUAAGAAUGAUGGAGGCCACUGUGUUCUUGGGGACCUUCAAUGCUGCAGAAAUGUUUUGGUACCCUUCCCCAGAUCUGUGCCUCGACACAAUCCUGUCUCGGAGCUCUACGGACAAUUCCUUCGACCUCAUGGCUUGGUUUUUGCUCUGACAUGCACUGUCAACUGUGGGACCUUUAUGUAGACAGGUGUGUGCCUUUCCAAAUCAUGUCCAAUCAAUUGAAUUUACCACACGUGGACUCCAAUCAAGUUGUAUAAACAUCUCAAGGAUGAUAAAUGGAAACAGGAUGCACCUGUGCUCAAUUUCGAGUCUCAUAGCAAAGGGUCUGAAUACUUAUGUAAAUAAGGUAUUUCUGUUUUUUAUUUUUAAUACAUUUGCAAACAUUUCUAAAAACCUGUUUUGGCUUUGUCAUUAUGGGGUAUUGUGUGUAGAUUGCUGAGGAUUUUUAUAUAUUUAAUCAAUUUCAGAAUAAGGCUGUAACGUGACAAAAUGUGGAAAAAGUCAAGGGGUCUGAAUACUUUCCGAAGGCACUGUAUUUAAAGAUGGCGCCGUACUGUAUGGCUGCCAUCUUGCAUGCUCUGACCCAACUUUGCUAUAUUGUGAUUCUUUUGGCUUUCAUAAUUUCCUAUGAUCGACGAAGUCUUUUGAACAUCAGAUCGGCAGUUACUAACCUAAAUUCCGGCUUCAACUUCGACUUCAACUCAUCUGCCCUGGGCUCUUUGUGUACCUCCAACCAAUUCUUCAGGCUACCCAAGAGGAAACACUGGUGAAAAAGAGGCAGGAGAGCGGGCAUCCUGGUGAGACUAAGGCGAAGGGAAAACCGGCCACGACUUCCCUCCAUUCUAUUGGCUAAUGUACAGUCACAUGAUAAUAAGAUGGAUUACCCCCGAUCGCAGAUUUGCUAUCAACGAGACUCUCGUAACUGCAAUAUUCUCUGUUUUUCUAAAACAUGGUUUCGGACAAGAUACCCCCCAUGGCUAUCCAACUUCAUGGAUUCAACUAUUCACACUGUGCAGACCCUGGCGCAGUGGAAGUCUCCACCUAUUGUUCACCUGUCUUGGAAUGCCUGAUGGUCAAAUGCCGACCCUUCUACCUCCCAAGACAGUUUCCUCUGUUAUCACGACUGCUGUAUACACUGAGUGUACAAAACAUUAAUCAAGUUUGCCCGACAACACGACGGUGGUAGGUCUGAUCACCAACAGCGAUGAGACAGCCUACCGGGAGGAGGUCAGAGACCUGGAAGCGUGGUGCCAGGAUUACAACCUCUCCCUCAAAACCCAUCCACAUCGAUGGGGCCACAGCGGAGAGGGUCAAGAGCUUCAAGUUCCUCUGUGUCCACAUCACUGAGGACUUAACAUGGUCCUCUCACACGGCAGUACCUCUUCUCCUCAGAAGGCUGAAACGAUUUGGCAUUGCCCCUCAGAUCCUUAGGUUUUUACAGCUGCACCAUCAAGAGCAUCCUGCUGGUUGUAUCACUGUCUGGUAUGGCAACUGCAACACCCUCGACCGGAAGGCCCUACAGAGGGUGGUGCGGACAGCCCAGCGCAUCAUUGGGGAUGAGAUCCCAGCCAUCCAAGAUGUACAUGCCAGGCGGUGUCUGCGAAAGGCCUGAAAAAUUGCCCAACUCCAGCCACCGAGACAUGGACUGUUCUCCAAGCUCCCGUCCGGCAGGCGGUAUCGGUGCAUCAAGGCUCAGACCAAUAGACUCCUAAACAGCUUCCAUCUCCUGGCCAUAAGACUGUUAAAUGGCUAACAACUAUUGCUCCCCCUCACACCUACGCUGCUGUUAAAAUGAAUAUUGAUUAGAUUUAUUACUACCACUACGCUGCUGUUCAUUGAUUAUUGAUUGUCAUUACCAUUAGUAUCAAUCUAUUUAUCCUGCUACUGGUCACUAUUACUCCUGUUUACAUGUAUACUGUAUAUUAGCAUUGGAAUAUUACCAUAAGUACAUGUAUUUAUAUAUUCCUGCUACCAGUCACUUUUCAGCCGUUUACAUGUAUAUCCAUCUAUCAUGCCUACACUGACACUCUUGCACACACACACACUCACACUAACACCCACAUACACACUGUGACGUUCUGGCUCCGGGACUCUUAGUUGUGAGCCAGGGUUGUCAUUUUCUUUUGGGUGUAUUUCUAUGUGGUCCUCUGUAGCUCAGCUGGUAGAGCACGGCGCUUGUAACGCCAAGGUAGUGGGUUCGAUCCCCGGGACCACCCAUACACAAAAAUGUAUGCACGCAUGACUGUAAGUCGCUUUGGAUAAAAGCGUCUGCUAAAUGGCAUAUUAUUAUAUUAUUAUGUGGGAUCUAGUUGGUUCAUUUCUAUGUUUGGGUUUUAUGUUGAUUAGUCAUAUGACUCCCAAUCGGAGGUAACGAGUGUCAGCUGUCGGCUCGUUAUCUCUGAUUGGGAGCCAUAUUUAUUCUGUAUGUGUUCUUGUGGGCAUUGUGGGUUAUUGUUCCGUGUUUCAGUCGUUGUACUGUGGACUUCACGAGUCGUCUUUUGUUUUGUAUUUCGGUGCUUUUUUCAAUUAAAGUCAUGUUCGUUCAACGCGCUGCGCUUUGGUCUCCUUCACUCCUAGACGAUCGUGACAGAAUAACCCACCACAAAAGGACCAAGCAGCGCGUCCAGGAGCAAAGGGUCUGGACAUGGGAGGAGGCGCCGGGUCAGGAGAGAACGUUGGUGGAUGUCCUCCUCGGCUGGGGACAUAUUACCCAGGAGGAGGCCGUCCGGUACCGGAGGGCGAUGAAGGGGGAGAACCUGGCAGGAGAGGAGCAACGGCAUCGGCAGGGCCAUCGUCGGAAGGACGGGAGGCAACCCCAAAAAGUUUUUUGGGGGGGGCACAUGGCUUGGGCGGCUGGGCAGCAGGAGGCUGCCACAGGGAGAAAAGGAGAGAAGGCUAACGGAGUACGGGAGCCAUUGGCGAGUAGAGGGAGGGAAGUGUUUGUGGCACGGCGUGAAGGACUGAUGUGUGUUGCCAGUCCGGUCCGGCCCGUUCCUGAUCCUCGGUUGAGGCCAGUGGUGUGUGUUCCCGGUACGGACCGGCCUGUUCCUACUCCAAGCACCAGGUCCACGGUGUGCUACGCCAGCCCGACCCGGCCUGUUCCGGCCACUCGCACCAGGGAUGCGGUGCGUGUCGCCAGCCCAGCCCGGCCUGUUCCUGCUCCACGCACCAGGGAUAGGGUGCGCUUCGCCAGCCCGGCCCGGCCUGUUCCGGCCACUCGCACCAGGAUACGGUGCGCGUCGCCAGCCCGGCCCGGCCUGUUCCGGCCACUCGCACCAGGGAUACGGUGCGCGUCGCCAGCCCAGCCCGGCCUGUUCCUACUCCACGCACCAGGGAUACGGUGCGCUUCGCCAGCCCGGCCCGGCCUGUUCCGGCCUCUCGCACCAGGGAUACGGUGCGCGUCGCCAGCCCAGCCCGGCCUGUUCCUGCUCUCCGCACUAGGCCUUAUGUGCGUCCCCAGGGUCCAGCAUGCCCUGUUGCUGCUCUCCGCACUAGGCCUUAUGUGCGUCCCCAGGGCCAAGCAUGCCCUGUUGCUGCUUCCCGCACUAGCCCUGAGAUGCGUGUCCUCAGCCCGGUACCUCCAGUUCCGGCACCACGCAUCAGGCCUACGGUGCGUCCCCAGGGCCAAGCAUGCCCUGUUGCUUCUCCCCGCACUAGCCCUGAGAUGCGUGUCCUCAGCCCGGUACCUCCAGUUCCGGCACCACGCAUCAGGCCUACGGUGCGUCCCCAGGGCCAAGCAUGCCCUGUUGCUUCUCCCCGCACUAGCCCUGAGAUGCGUGUCCUCAGCCCGGUACCUCCAGUUCCGGCACCACGCACCAGGCCUACGGUGCGCCUCAGACGGCCAGAGUCUGCCGUCUGCCCAACGCCGUCUGAACUGUCCGUCUGCCCAACGCCGUCUGAACUGCCCGUCUGCCCAACGGCGCCUGAACUGCCCGUCUGCCCAACACCGUCUGAACUGCCCGUCUGCCCAACGCCGUCUGAACUGCCCGUCUGCCCAACGGCGCCUGAACUGCCCGUCUGCCCAAAGCCGUCUGAACUGCCCGUCUGCCCAACGCCGUCUGAACUGUCCGUCUGCCCAACGCCGUCUGAACUGCCCGUCUGUACUGAGCCUACAAAGCCGCCCGUCUGCCAUGAGCCUUCAGAGCCGUCCGCCAGACCGGAGCCGCUAGAGCUCUCCGCCAGACAGGAUCAGCCAGAGCCUUCCGCCAGACAGGAUCAGCCAGAGCCUUCCGCCAGACAGGAUCAGCCAGAGCCUUCCGCCAGACAGGAUCAGCCAGAGCCUUCCGCCAGACAGGAUCAGCCAGAGCCUUCCGCCAGACAGGAGCAGCCAGAGCCUUCCGUCAGAUCGGAUCAGCCAGAGCCUUCCGCCAGACAGGAGCAGCCAGAGCCUUCCGCCAGACGGGAUCAGCCAGAGCCUUCCGCCAGCCAUGAGUGGCCAGAUCCGUCAGCCAGCCAUGAGCAGCCAGAUCCGUCAGCCAGCCAUGAGCAGCCAGAUCCGUCAGCCAGCCAUGAGCCGUCCAGCCAGGAUCCGCCAGAGCCGUCCAGCCAGGAUCCGCCAGAGCCGUCCAGCCAGGAUCCGCCAGAGCCAGCCAGCCAGGAUCCGCCAUUUAGUCAGGUGCUGCCCCUUAGUCCAGUGCUGCCCCUUAGUCCAGUGCUGCCCCUUAGUCCGGUGCUGUCCCUUAGCCUGGUGCUGCCUCUUAGUCCGGUGCUGCCCAUUAAUCCAGGUGGGUUUAAGUGGAGGGUGGUCAUUGGGAGGAGGUUAAGAAAGCGGGUAGUAACUAUAGUGGGGUGGUGGUCAAGCCCGGAGCCGGAACCGCCUCCGGGGAGCAACACCCACCCAGCCCUCCCCUAUUGUGGGGUUGUGAGGCGCGGUCGCAGUCCGCGCCUUUAGGGGGGGGGUACUGUGACGUUCUGGCUCCGGGACUCUUAGUUGUGAGCCAGGGUUGUCAUUUUCUUUUGGGUGUAUUUCUAUGUGGGAUCUAGUUGGUUCAUUUCUAUGUUUGGGUUUUAUGUUGAUUAGUCAUAUGACUCCCAAUCGGAGGUAACGAGUGUCAGCUGUCGGCUCGUUAUCUCUGAUUGGGAGCCAUAUUUAUUCUGUAUGUGUUCUUGUGGGCAUUGUGGGUUAUUGUUCCGUGUUUCAGUCGUUGUACUGUGGACUUCACGAGUCGUCUUUUGUUUUGUAUUUCGGUGCUUUUUUCAAUUAAAGUCAUGUUCGUUCAACGCGCUGCGCUUUGGUCUCCUUCACUCCUAGACGAUCGUGACACACACACUCACCACCACGCACCCACCCACCACUUAUGCUGCUGCCAUGCUGUUUGCUAUUAUUAUUAUUAUUAUUAUUAUUAUUAUUAUUAUUAUUAUUAUUAUUAUUAUAAUCCUGCUACCAGUCACUUUCUCCUAAUCCCAGCCUUUAUGUACAUAUCUACCUCAACUAUUCCAGUAUCCCUGUAUUGUACAUAUGGUACUGGCACUGACCCUGUAUAAAGCUUCCUCUUUUAUGUCUUAUUUCUCGUAUGUUUGUUGUUGUUGUUGUUUCUUAUUAGUUAUACUUUUUUAUAUUGAAUAUUGCACUGUUGGGUAAGUUAAGCAUUUCACUUUACUUGUGCAUGUGACAAAUAGAACUUGAACUUAUACUCUUGUACCCUGUCCCUCCCUACAUCUGUUAGUGCUAGGACUGCAGUGUACUUUCAUACUACCCCCCCCCCCCCCCCCCCCUCUCUCUCUCUCUCUAUCUAUCUAUCUCUCUGUGUCUCUGAUUGCAGUAUUAACCCUACCUCUCUCCCCCUGUCUCUCAGACUGCCCAGGGCUGGAGGCCCCUCAGAGAGUGCGGCGGCUGCGUUUCCAGGCCCAGGUGCUGCUGGACGAGGCCACUUGUGAGCAGCGGGGGCGUUUUGGGGAGCUGCUGCUGAUGCUGCCCCCCCUGCAGAGUGUGGCCUGGCAGAUGGUGGAGACCCUGCAGCUGGCCAGGCUCCUGGGGGAGCCCAGCGUGGACAGCCUGCUGCAGGAGAUGCUACUGGGGGAGGGGGCCACUGGGGGCCUGGGACAACGCACAGGGCACGGUACGCUCCAGAGGGGAGAUACUUACAGUAAAAACCUUCAAACUGAAUACCCCUAACUUUCACUGGGUUGCCUUACAGGUCAACAAUAGAGGUCAAUAACAACUCAAACCUAAAAUAGGACAACUUUCAAUUCCCACAAUCUAAUCUGUCCACUGUGCAUUGUGUCUUCACUUAUGUUGUUACAAACUGUUUCAUGGUGAGCUCUCAUUAUUGACUUGAGAGUAUUCUUAAUGAGGGUAACCUUUGAGCUGUCAUGGUAACUGGAUCAGUGUAGUAGUGUAGUAGUACACAGUUAUUCUCUUCUCUGGUCCUCCUCAGGUUCUAACUCAAAUGUAAUGGCGUUCCCCCCACCCCAAGAUCACACCCUGUCUCAGGACCUACUAGGAGGCCAUGUUGGGUUGCCUAGCAACUUCACAUCAGUCAUCCUACCUGUCCCUAGCUGUGAGUACCCCCAAGUCCAUAUACAUUGUGUACUAGUAUGCAUUAGUUAGCUAGAGCAAACAAAUACAUCAUAAUCACCUUGCAUUACACUUUUAUACACACACACACACCUGUAAUUAGCGGUGCAGCAGGUGCGUGAAACCUCAGACGCUGGUUUCCUGCCUGUGUCCCAGACUGAGUCAACAGGUUUGCUUCACUGAGAUCUCCUCACAACACCAAGCAGCAUGGUGCUCCUAAGUAAUAGUCUGUCUCGCCAGCCUCAUGGUGCUCCACCGCAGCUGUGGAAAGAGACUACCUGAGUAAUGCCCCUACGCUGUCAAAACAGAGAAAUAGCACACAGUGAUCUCACCGUCCCCAGUGUUUUAUCACCCUCACAAAGCCAGCCUGGCCCUACAGGGGGCACAUGGCCCAGACUGCUCCCCUUGUUUCAGGCCCUCUAACCCAGCCUCGCUUCACAGGAACCAGGGCCCUCUCCCCAGCCUGGUCGUCAGGCUCAGUCCCUACAGCUCUGAGCUCACCUGAGGGAUGUUGAUGUCUGUCUCCCAUCAUUAAUAUUCCUAUAAUUAUCACCUUUGUGUCUUUUUUAGGGGAUUAGCUCACCAACAGUAACUUAAUGUACUGAAAGAGUACUGUUAUGGACCUGUAGUAAAAGCCAUGCGGUUUCAGUCUCAGUGCGUGUAAUGCCAGUCUGAUGCCUGUCUCUCUCCAACAGCUCUGCCAGUGGUGCCUCUGGUGCCCACACAGACUGGCACUGAGGUGUACAGACAUGGGGAGGGGGCAGACAUGCCCAUAGAGUCUGCCCACGGCAUGCCCAUGGCUCCUGUCCACACCUGCCUCUGAGAAGCAGACCAAGCAGCAGCAGCUACUCAACCAGAGAGGAGAAAAACAGCUGUGUGGUGUAAACAUGCACACAUCCAAUCCGGCCCGCGGUUGGUUUGAGUAAAAUGUUUUGUUUUUUUGGGGUGGGGGGACAAACUCAGAAUACUUUAAAUUGACUAAAACCAAAUUGAAACUGAGUAGGAAUGAUAAUGGACCUACAUUCAUACAUUUUCUUGACUGUGUCCAG